UCUGAAAACAACUCGUACCGUAAACCCGCUGCUAACUGUCGUACAUUUCCUUGCUGCAGCUUAACCUGUCACAAACGUUAGCUUCAUCGAAAUUUAAUUUGUAAACGCUGCUGCUGAAAAAAAUAAUGGCAGACGACGAGAAGUUACCAGGUGGAUGGGAGAAAAGAAUGAGUCGCAGUUCAGGCAAAGUCUACUACUUCAACCACAUCACCAACGCCAGCCAGUGGGAACGUCCGGUGGGAGACGGCCGUGGAGAGCCAGACAAGGUACGCUGCUCUCACCUCCUGGUGAAGCACAGUGAGUCACGUCGUCCAUCUUCUUGGCGGGAACAAAAUAUCACACGAACUAAAGACGAGGCCCUGGAGCUCAUUCAGAAAUAUAUAGAAGACAUCAAGUCUGGAGAGGAGAAGUUUGAGUCCUUGGCCUCUCAGUUCAGCGACUGCAGCUCAGCUAAGAAUGGUGGAGACCUGGGCUUAUUUGGCAAAGGUCAGAUGCAGAAGCCUUUUGAAGAGGCCUCCUUCGCUCUCAAAGUGGGCGACAUGAGCGGCCCCGUUUUCACUGACUCUGGAGUCCACAUCAUUCUACGCACUGGUUGACUUGGGUGGAAGAAGAAGAGGGGAAAAAAAAGCCUCGUUCUCAACUUUCCUCUCAUGUCUUCACAGUCCAAACCGAGCUGAUUUUUUUUUUUUUUUUUUUUUUUUUUUUUUAAAUGACCCGCAUCACCCAACAGACAUGUCGAAUGUGCUGAAUUGAUAAGUUUGAUGGGAUCAUUCUUGUACCGUGCACCAUUGGACAUGUAUGAAUAAUUUAAUCCCACUGAACAUCAAAGAGUAUCGCAGAAUAUUCCUGUGAGACCUCAAGCUUCUAUUAACCCCGGCAAGGCCGUUGUAUGAAAACAUGAGUGCCUGUGACUCUGUUGAAGUGGUCGGUCUCACCCUCCCCUGCGUCUGUAAAAGCUUCUUUUUUUUUUUU